AUGGACGGCUGCAUCAUGAUGCGCGCGCGGCUCGUUCUGCAUGUGUGUAAAGCGGAAGCGCGCACGCACGCCUUUCCUGCCAACACCUUCCUCGCGCUCCGAAGCCGUGCUCCAGAACCAGGAUUGCUGAGGCAUCCUCGUCGUCCUCGCGCAGCUGGACAGAAAUGGUCGCUAGACAGGCUCCUCGUCACCGCUGUCGCUGAGCACAGGGGGCACCGAGCAGGACGAGGCCAGCGCUGUAUCCGUCUCUCGGAAUCCAGCAGCAUCGUACUGUCUCCGCCGCGCCAGUCGGUAGUGAACGCUAUCAAACGCAGAGGGAACGCCGGAGCUCUUCAGCCAGGGCUCGCCAGACGCAUCUCCUCAGUCAUCGGUGGAUCGGACCGCUGUGUAUGUAGGACCCAAUCUGCAUGUUCUGCCUCCGCUUUAAUCUAUCAUUUUAUCGGCAUGGGCGUGUGGCUCUUUUUGCGUAUGACGAUGCCCAAUAAGCUGAACGUUCACUCACCGACCGCGCGGCGGAGACAGCACGAUGCUGCCGGGAUUCCGAGAGACGGGACAGCGCUGGCUCUCGUCCUGCUCGGUGCUCUGGUGCUCACGGCUGCAGCGGACGAGGAGCUCGUCUAUAGCGAUCAUUUUCUGGUCCAGCUGCGCGAGGAGGACGAGGAUGCUCAGCAACUUGCCCUGGAGCACGGCUUCGGGAGCGCGAGGAAGCUUCCUUUCGGUGAGGGACUAUUUCAUUUCUACCCGCGGGAGAUCCCUAAAACCCGGAGGAAACGCGGGCUGCAGCAGCACCGGCGCCUGGCGAAGGAUCACCGGGUGAAAAAUGUGUUUCCUCAGGAGGGCUUUGGCCGUCAAAAGAGGGGCUACAGAGAAAUCAGUAACAUUGACGUCAACAUGAGUGACCCGCUUUUCACCAAGCAGUGGUAUCUUAUCAAUACAGGCCAAGCGGACGGGACCCCGGGCUUGGAUCUCAACGUGGCAGAAGCUUGGAGCAUGGGCUUCACCGGGAAAGGUGUGACCAUCGCCAUCAUGGACGACGGCAUUGAUUACCUGCAUCCAGAUCUCGCCUCCAAUUACAACGCAGAAGCCAGCUUCGACUUCAGCAGUAACGACCCGUACCCGUACCCACGCUACACAGACGACUGGUUCAACAGUCAUGGCACAAGGUGUGCUGGAGAGGUGUCUGCGGUGUCCAACAACAACAUCUGUGGAGUGGGCGUGGCCUACAACUCCAAGGUAGCAGGAAUUCGUAUGCUGGACCAGCCCUUCAUGACGGACAUCAUCGAGGCCUCGUCCAUCAGCCACAUGCCUCAGGUUAUUGACAUCUACAGCGCCAGCUGGGGUCCCACCGACGACGGCAAGACGGUGGACGGCCCUCGGGAGCUCACCCUGCAGGCCAUGGCCGACGGAGUCAACAAGGGCCGAGGUGAAGGCAGCAUCUACGUGUGGGUCGGAGACGGUGGUAGCUAUGACGACUGUAACUGCGACGGAUACGCCUCCAGCAUGUGGACCAUCUCUAUUAACUCAGCCAUCAAUGACGGACGCACCGCGCUCUAUGAUGAAAGCUGCUCCUCCACCCUCGCCUCCACCUUCAGCAACGGCCGUAAACGAAACCCCGAAGCUGGCGUGGCCACCACGGAUCUGUAUGGAAACUGCACACUGCGUCAUUCGGGCACAUCUGCUGCCGCCCCGGAGGCCGCUGGCGUGUUCGCCCUGGCUUUGGAGGCCAACCCGAACCUGACGUGGAGGGACCUGCAGCAUCUGACGGUGCUCACCUCUAAGAGGAACAAGCUUCAUGACGAGGUGCACCAGUGGAGGAGGAACGGUGUGGGUCUGGAGUUCAACCAUCUGUUCGGAUACGGCGUGCUGGAUGCUGGAGGGAUGGUCAAACUGGCCCGGGAGUGGAAGACCGUCCCGGAGCGAUUCCACUGUGUGGCUGGAUCCGUGCAGGAGAUACACAAAAUACAGUCGGGCGGCAAGCUGGUGCUGAGCGUCUCGACCGAUGCCUGCCAGGGCAAAGACAACUUCGUGCGCUACCUGGAGCACGUGCAGGCCGUCAUCACGGUCAACGCCAGCCGCCGAGGAGACCUCAACAUCAACAUGACGUCCCCCAUGGGCACCAAGUCCAUCCUGCUGAGCCGCCGGCCCCGGGACGACGACGCCAAGGUGGGCUUCGACAAGUGGCCCUUCAUGACCACCCACACGUGGGGCGAGGACCCUCGAGGAGCCUGGCUGCUGGAGGUGGGGUUCCAGGCAGGCCCUCAGAGCGGCGUGCUCAAGGAGUGGACCCUCAUGCUGCACGGAACACAAAGUGCCCCUUACAUAGACCAAGUGGUGCGGGACUACCAGUCCAAACUGGCCAUGUCCAAAAAAGAAGAGCUCGAGGAGGAGCUAGAGGCCGUGGAGAGAAGCUUGAAAAGCCUUUUGAGUAAAAGUAACUAGCCAUGUGCAUGAUCAUAUCUCUCUGUAUUAGCGUAUAUUCCC